ACUAGUUGAAAAAGAUAGGACUAAUUGCAAAAAAAAGGAAAACAAAUCAAAAUAUUCAUAUUCAUAGAGUAAUUCAACGUUAUUAAAACACCGUGGAUGAAUAUUUUUAUAUAUAUCUCGAGAAAAUUGGUGCUCUUCAGAGUGACAGCUAUUGCAAUCCCUGAAAAUAAGAACAUGUUUUUUGCCCUACAAAAUGACUGAGUUUCUGGAUGAAAAUAAUGCCUGCGGCCAGAAUCUGCUGAAUAUAGUUUCCGUUGGAAAUUCUAUAAUAGCAGAGAUUUUGCGCCUCAAGGACUACGUACCCAGUAUUUAUAGAUUGGAGACCAAGGCAGAUAAGGCGAAAUAUGGCGAGGUUAUUCUGGAUUUCAGCUACUUCAAAGUGGCCGAGGAUCACGAGAAGAAGAUCGAACAGAGUCCGGAACUGACCGAACUAGAUGACGAGGUGCGAGCCCAGCUUCCGCUGAUCACCCGGUUUUACCUGGCCUUCCAGAGCAUACACCACUAUGCAUCCGAUCUGCAUCAAUACAUCGAGGAGCUGAACAGUGGCUACUAUAUCCAGCAGACACUGGAGACGGUUCUCCAGGAGGAGGAGGGCCGGCAACUGCUCUGCGAAUCCCUUUACCUAUUUGGUGUAAUCCUCCUCCUCCUCGAUUUCCAUUUACCGGGAGAUGUGAGGGAACGCCUGUUGAUUGCCUACUAUCGCUAUAGUGGAGGAGAUGCCACGCCCAGCGGAGAUGAGAGCAACAUCCAUGAUGUCUGCCUGUUCCUUCGAUCCACGGGCUAUACACAUCCCUCGGAGGCAACAAAAGCUCUCAGUUUGGGCGGCAAACAGGCAGCGGCUGCAGCUGCCAGCCUGGUAGUUCCUAGAUAUCCGGAGGCCUACUUCUCGCGCUUCCGUUUCGAUGAGAACUUUGUGGAUCUGGUGGUGGCCCGUCUCCGGUGCGAUGAUAUAUACAACCAGCUGACCCUUUACCCACAUCCUGCUCACCGAUCCACGGCAUUGUCCACUCAAGCUGCCAUGUUGUAUGUGUGUUUGUACUUCUGUCCAAAAGUUCUCCACUCCCAAGGCUCCCAGAUGCGUGAGAUUGUGGACAAGUUCUUCUGCGACAACUGGACUAUAUCCCUGUACAUGGGCAUCACUGUGAAUCUGGUGGAUGCCUGGCAGGAUUUCAAAGCUGCUCGAUCUGCUAUUGAAAAUGUGAUAAAUCCGGCUGCGAUAAAACCUCUCUGUCAGCAACAAAAGGAGCAGUUGGGCAAGAUUCUGCAAAAGACCCAGGAGAUCGUUCGCGAGGGCGUACUGAGCGAUGACUUUGUCUUGGAGCAUGCCAACAAGAUCAUACUGAUGAUGCGGCAGUCGAAUGUCCUGCUCCGCUGGUUUUGCCUUCACACCUCAAAGGAGGUCUUCGUCUUCACUCACACAGCCACUCAACCGGCACAAGUUCAUCAAAAGGUGCUCCUGGAACUUCAGUUCGAUCGGAAUACGUUAUACCAACUGCUGCUCAACUGCAGCCAAAUGGAACUGAGUGUAAGAGAGUUUCUGGCGGAGAUUCAGCAGACUAGAGAAGAGCGUUGGACGAAAAGCAGGGAGGAGGCCAUGCAGAGACUGAAGGAGUUGAGUGAAGCAUUUGCCGGCUCCAGACCUUUGACCAAGAUCGAGCAGAAUCCCCAGUUGCAGCAGUGGUUUGGCGAAGUGGCAGGACGUCUCCAGAAACUGGAGUUGAGCAGGCCCCAAAAGUCGGGAAGGCUGAUCAUUCAGGUGAUGCAGGCCCUGGACGAGGUGCAGGAGUAUCACAAUUUGCAUUCCAACAUGCUGGUAAAGCAACAGUUGCAGGAGACACGGGACAUGCUCAAUCGGAUGGCACAGUUAAUCAACCUGAAAGAAGAUAUCGAGAUCCACAUCCAGAUGAUCACCGAUUUCAGCUACGCCUGGCACCUUCUGCAGCGCGAUUUCACGCCCCUCAUGCAGGAACAUAUCAAGCGUCAGCCGCAGGCGGUAAUCGGUAUCCGGGCGGUGUUCCUAAAGCUGGCCAGCACCCUGGAGGUACCGCUGAUGCGGAUCAAUCAGGCCAGGAGCGAGGAUCUGGCCUCCGUUUCAAACUACUACAGCACAGAGCUGGCCAACUUCCUGCGACGCGUAUUGCAAAUCGUUCCAGAGACCAUGUUUAGCAUUCUGGCCAGGAUCAUCCAUCUUCUGACAAACGUGAUCAAGGAGUUUCCCACUCGAGUGGAAAAGGAGCGUCUCAAGGAUUACGCCCAGUUUGAGGAGCGCGCUAAGGUGGCACAGCUAACCAAUUCCAUUGCCGUUUUCACCAAAGGAAUACUCAUGAUGAAAACGACUCUAGUGGGAGUAAUCGAACUAGAUCCCAAGCAACUAUUGGAGGAUGGGAUACGCAAGGAGCUGGUGAAUCACCUGGCAAAUGCCUACAAUCUGGGCCUGAUUUUUACACCCGAGAAAGGCAAAACUCCUGUGCAGCUUCUCCAGCAGAAACUGCAAGCAUUGGCCAAAACCAUCGAAGGAUAUCGCAGAUCCUUCGAAUAUAUUGAAGACUAUUUGAGGGUUCAGGGACUUCGUAUUUUGCUAGAGGAAUCGCAGCGCAUCAUCAACUACAACGUAGAGAAGGAGUGCAACAGCUUUCUGCGAAAAAAAGUUCAGGAAUUUCAAUCGGAGCACCAAAGUCAGAUCAUUCCCAUUCCCAACUUCCCACCGCUUGUGGGAGAUCCUUCCAACAACUUUAUCGGCCGCCUAGCCCACGAGAUACUGCGCUGCACGGAUGCCAAAGCGACCAUUUUUCUGGACCACAAGAGCACCUGGUACGAGAAGAAAGCUCCACACCAGGAAGUCUUGGCCGGUUCCGGAUUCUUUGGAAUAUUACGAGAAGCUUUGGCUCCGGCAGGAAUGGUGGGUCUGGAGCGCCUCUAUGCGCAUAUGCUGGCGGAUGAGUUGAAGCGCAACUUGGAAAGGCUUCAACGAAACCUCAUUUCGGAUCGCAUGUGGGUGGACGCAUUAGCCAGUCUAACUCGCGAACUGGAGGCGCGGGAUUUUCCAUCACCAGAAGUGGCCAAGCAGCCGUUGAAGUAUUAUCAAGCCUACACCCAACGAUGGCUUAAGGUGUGGCCCACCCUCCUGGAUUGGGUGUUGUCCAUCGGCCAGAAGCAGUUACUGCGCCGGGAGAUCGCCGGAGAGCUAAGCUUUAGCAGCAAAUGUGAUGCCAAACUGCUGGAAAACACGGCUGAAACUCUAAACAAGGCUCUUUUAUUGGAACUCUCAUUGAGCAAGGAUCUCUGCGAUGAGCAGGGCGUAGCUAUGCUUACCGAACUGCAGGAAACCCUCCUCUAUACGGGCAACUUUGAGCCCCUGGAGCAGGUCUUCCUCGUUACCAAGAACACUCACAACAUGUCGCUGUUUAUGUUUCUCUUCACCAUUGCCCAUUUGGGUCGCCUGCAACAUUCCACGAAUACCGAUUGUCUGUUGCCAAAAACAGCCAAAGAUAACAUCGAUAAUGUGCCUUUCAUUGUGGGUCUACUAACGAUUCUGCAACAGUACCACAAAAACGUCAAGAUGUUGUACAUAUCCUACAUGAGUCAGUAUGUGGUGACGGUAUCGGAGGGUCAGUUAUUGGACAAGGAAGUGCUGGGUCCCGAAGUGGUCACCACCCUCCACUUCCUGCUAGCUUUUAUACGCAUUGCUCGUCUGCCGCUGAGAGUACUGGAGCAGCGCAUUCCCAACAUGAUACUCAGCGAUUACGAGUACCUAUCCACACCACUCAAAUGAAGACUAACCAUCAGUUUGGGCUACACAAACUUUAAUAAAUCCGAAAACUUAACAAGGAAA